AGGCUGGAAGUGACGCCCACCGCCGGGCUCCAGUUGCCCGCAUAGCAGCGCCUGUUCCCCGCAGACAUGGCACCGCCUGUCCUCCGAGCGCUCGCGCUCAUCGUCGCUUCGGCGCUCGUGCACGCGGCUCGAGCGGCCCAGAUCAAUGACACUAUCUUCGCGGUGACCGUGAGCUCCCGGGUGCGAGGAGGCCACCAGGAGACCCUGUGCGCUCAGGUCCACGGCCCCACGGAGCCCCUCGCCCUGACCGUCGCCCUCCAGAUGGGCUCCGACACAACCGCCGUCCUGGAGCAGGAAGUCAGCGAGGACUUCUACCGCUGCGUCACCUUCCAGGCCCCCGCCGUGCGGUCCCAAACCGUGGCGACCGUCAACGUCACCAUCCGGGGUGCGAACGCCUCCGUGAGCAAGAAGACCAAAAUCCUCGUCGUGCCGCCGGCUUUCAUCCACGUCAUCCAGACCGACAAGCCGGUCUACAAGCCCGGGCAGACGGUCAAGUUCCGAAUCGUCUCCAUGGACACUAACUUCAUCCCUGUUGAUCGAGUGUAUAAAUUGGUGGAGCUCCAGGACCCCGACUCGAACCGCAUCGCCCAGUGGUCGGACAAGAGCGUCGCCGGCGGGAUCCUGGACCUCUCCCACCCCGUGAUCCCCGAGGCGGCUCAAGGAAGCUACACCAUCACGGCCACGACGGACCAAGGAGAGCAGGCGGCCCGCAGCUUCGACAUCAAGGAAUACGUUUUGCCAAAGUUUGAAGUAAAGGUUCAUCUCCCCAGCGUGAUCACCAUCCUGGACAAAGAGGCGACGCUGAAGAUUUGUGGAAAAUACACUUAUGGGAAACCCGUUGUGGGUUCAGCCAAGGUGGAGUUCUGUAGGAGAACCAGUCGGUACCGCUGGUAUUCAUCACUCCAAGGAAAGGACGCGUGCCGGACGUAUGAAAUGACGACGGAUAAAAGUGGUUGCGCCACACAAACCGUGAACCUGGACGCGUUUUCCCUCAACAAGACCAUGUACAAGGACACCUUUGAGGUGGCCGCAGAACUGGAGGAGUACGGCACAGGGGUCAUUCUCAAAGGCGCCGCGCAGACCGGCUUCAGCGUUAGCGUGCGAACGGUGACCUUUGAGGACGUACCUGCAGCCUACAAGCCUGGCAUCCCGUUGGAGGGGAAGGUCAAGUUGAUCGGCGCAGACAACGAAGCCGUCGCCAACGAGGCGGUGUAUCUGUUUUACGAUAGGACCUUGAACACAACGGUCAUCACAGACGCGGGAGGCAUGGCUUCCUUUUCUCUGGACACCGCCCUCUGGAAGGACACCGUGAUCAUCAAGGCGAGUUCUAGAAAGACGGAGGAGCCCAGGCGGUAUUUGGGCAACGAGCGCCGACCGGAGUACAAGUCGGCCGACAUCCAGGUCGCUCCAAUUUACUCCAAGAGCAACAGUUUCCUGAAGCUCAUGCAGGUGAGAGGGAAGCUCGCCUGCGAUGAAGAUGCGACGGUGCGCGCUCGGUACAUCAUCCAGGGGGAGGAGCUAAAGAAGGAACAGGAAGCCGUCGACGUCUUUUACCUGGUGAUGUCCAGAGGUGGAAUUGUGCAGCACGGUCGUGUCCCAGUGGCUGUUAAAGCAGGAACUGUCAACCAAGGGCAGUUCUCCGUUUCGCUGCCCCGGGUUUCAGACCUGGCUCCGGUCGCCCAGCUGGUGGUUUACACCGUGAUGCCCAGCGGAGCCGUCGUGGCCGACAGUCAGGACUUCCCCGUGCAGCUCUGCCUAAAUAACAAGGUGGUCCUGAGGUUCUCCUCCCUGCAGGAGCUCCCGGCGGAGAGGACCACGCUCCGCCUGCAGGCCCAGCCGGGCUCCCUGUGCUCCGUCCGGGCCGUGGACCAGAGCGUCCUGCUGCUGCAGCCGGACGGGGAGCUCAGCGUGGACCAGGUGUACAGCCGUCUGCCUCUACAGAAGCUGUCUGGAUACUCUCCUGACGUUGAGGACUACGAGCCGUAUCCCUGCCUGGACUUCGGGCUUCAAGAGCAACUCUUGGACUAUUUCAUGAAGCCUGAACCGAAGAAUGACGUCUACACCGUCUUUAAAUCAAUAGGAAUUAAACUUUUGACCAACUCCGAUGUGAAAGGACCUCGCAAAUGCUAUGAAAUGUUCGGUUAUUACUAUGACGAUGUCGUAGACUCUCCGGUCUCCAUGGCCCACAUGAAUCCAAUGUCAGGUGGUCUGCCGAGACUUAAAGAGGAGAAGAAGGAGACGGUCAGGACCUUCUUCCCUGAGACCUGGAUCUGGGACCUAGUUCCUGUUGGAGCCAGCGGGUCGGUGGACGUGGAGAAGACGCUCCCCGACACCGUCACCAAAUGGGCCGCCGGAGCGUUCUGCGUCUCCUCGCUGGGCUUCGGCGUGGCGCCCAGCAUCGGGCUGACGGCCUUCCAGCCGUUCUUCAUCAGCCUCACGUUGCCCUACUCCGUCAUCCGCGGGGAGGCGUUCACCCUGAAGGCCACCGUCUUCAACUACCUCUCCAAGUGCAUCUUGGUGAACGUCACGCUGGCCGAGUCCGACCGCUACGACUUCAGGGCCUGCGCCGGCUGCCGUUACAGUGUGUGUGUGUGUGGAGAGGACCGCCGGACCUUCUCCUGGAUCCUGACCCCCACCACGCUGGGUCAGGUGGAUCUGAAGGUCAGCGCCGAGGCCCUGAGGACUGACACCCUGUGUGGUAACGAGGUGGCCAGCGUCCCCGACGUGGGACGGAUCGACACGGUGGUUCGAACCCUGCUGGUGCAGGCUGAAGGAACGCCACAGAUGGUCAGCCACAACGCGCUGCUCUGUCCCACAGACGGGCCCGUGGAGAAGAACAUCUCCCUGGUGCUGCCCGAGACCUUUGUGGCUGGAUCGGCCAGGGCCUCCGUCUCUGUUCUGGGGGACCUGAUGGGCCGGGCCAUGAAGAACCUGGACCGGCUCCUGGCCAUGCCGUACGGCUGCGGGGAGCAGAACAUGCUGCUGUUCGCGCCCAACGUCUUCAUCCUGGACUACCUGAAGAGCACGGCUCAGCUGACCCAGGACAUCCGGGACCGGGCCACGCGCUUCCUGCAGAGCGGAUAUCAGAGGGAGCUCACCUACAAGCACGACGACGGCUCCUACAGCGCCUUCGGGAAGGACGACGAGUCGGGGAACACCUGGCUGACCUCCUUUGUGAUGAAGUCCUUCGGGGGGGCGAGGUCGUACAUCUUUGUGGACGAGGGUCACAUGACCGCCGCCAGCAGCUGGCUGUCCCGUCUCCAGCGGCCCGACGGCUGCAUCCAGUCUGUUGGGAAGCUGUUCCACAACGGAAUGAAGGGAGGCGUGAGCGACGACGUGACGCUGACGGCGUACAUCAGCGCCGCCCUGCUGGAGCUCCACGGCAACGCCACGGACCUCGUGGUGCAGAAGGGCCUGAACUGCCUGAGGGAAGCGGUCCACCUGGACCACCUGGACCACCUGGACCACCUGUACAGCACCGCCCUGCUGGCCUACACCUUCGCUCUGGCCGGGGACGCGGAGAUGAAGAGCAAGCUCGUCACUCAUCUUCAUCACAAGUCCGACGCUCGAGGGGGCAGCCGCCAUUGGAGCAGAGCCGGGGCUUCUGGGAAGGCCCUGGACUCCUUGGCGGUGGAGAUGACCUCAUACGUGCUGCUGGCUCUGCUCUCCGGUCCGCCCACGCCGGGCUUCGGGUUGGACUACUCCUCGGGCAUCGUCCGCUGGCUCGCCCAGAACCAGAACCCGUACGGGGGGUUCUCCUCCACGCAGGACACCGUGGUGGCCCUCCAGGCUCUGGCCAAGUACGGCGCCGCCACCUACAGGGCGGAGGGCGCCACGGCGGUGACGGUGACGGCGCCGGGCGGCCUGAACAAAGAGUUCUCGGUGGACCAGAGCAACCGGCUGCUGUACCAGGAGGAGCCCCUGAACCAGGUCCCCGGGGAGUACGCGGUCCGGGCCGAGGGCCAGAGCUGCGUGCUGGCUCAGAUCUCAAUGCAUUUCAACGUCCCGCCUCCACCCGACUUCUCCUCCUUCAACAUCUCCACUGACGUCAUCGCCAAAUGUAACGUCAGCCGACCUCAGGUCAUCCUGCUGGUGAUGGUCAGGUACCAGGGCAGAAGAGAGGAAACCAACAUGGUCAUCAUCAACAUCAAACUUCUCUCUGGAUACAUUCUGGAUCCGAUCUCUCUGCAGCUGCUGAAGCUCGACCGCACAGUGAAGCGCGUGGACGUGGAGGAAGGCUUCGUCAACAUCUACAUGGAGGAGCUGAAGAAGGACGUGGGGCGGGUCCACCUGUUGACCCUGGAGGAGGACGUUCCCGUCAGGAACCUGAAGCCGGCCGUGGUCAAAGUCUACGACUACUACCAGACGAGCGAGGAGGCCGUGACGGACUACACCUCCCCGUGUGCAGAGCACGACGACGUCAACGAGCUGUGAGAUCUUCGUCUUUCAGUUGGAAGAAAGAAACUUCUCGAUGUGCAUUUGUUUUUGUUUUUAGUCGCCUUUUAAAACGUGUUUAAUUCCACAUUUUAAACUUCUUGUUCCCUCGUUGGUAUUGAACCAACAACCCGCUGGGUUUAAGAAAAGCAGACCAUAUUUUUUUAACAGUUCUGUUUAAUAGAUUUGACAAAAUCCAUAUAACUCAACGUACAGAGAACCAAUAACACAGUAUGGUCCAGUAUUGAUCGCGUGUGUGAAACAGGAUCUUCGAGGAGAGUAAUUCUGUACCAGUUAAAAAAAAAAAAAGGUAGAUUGAUACGUCACUACCAGACAAAAUGAAA